UGAUGAUGGGAGCUACACAAAUGCAAAAUCCAAGGGGAUGCCUUUUUCGGCAAGCACCUGCCGGAAAAGGCAUCCCCCCUGUUAAAAAUGGAUCUACUGCACCUACGCUGCUGAAACUUGCACAGGUAACUUAACAAUCUCUCAAAUACAAAGUCCCAAAGGCACUUGAUGAUGGGAGCUACACAAAUGCAAAAUCCAAGGGGAUGCCUUUUUCGGCAAGCACCUGCCGGAAAAGGCAUCCCCCCUGUUAAAAAUGGAUCUACUGCACCUACGCUGCUGAAACUUGCACAGGUAACUUAACAAUCUCUCAAAUACAAAGUCCCAAAGGCACUUGAUGAUGGGAGCUACACAAAUGCAAAAUCCAAGGGGAUGCCUUUUUCGGCAAGCACCUGCCGGAAAAGGCAUCCCCCCUGUUAAAAAUGGAUCUACUGCACCUACGCUGCUGAAACUUGCACAGGUAACUUAACAAUCUCUCAAAUACAAAGUCCCAAAGGCACUUGAUGAUGGGAGCUACACAAAUGCAAAAUCCAAGGGGAUGCCUUUUUCGGCAAGCACCUGCCGGAAAAGGCAUCCCCCCUGUUAAAAAUGGAUCUACUGCACCUACGCUGCUGAAACUUGCACAGGUAACUUAACAAUCUCUCAAAUACAAAGUCCCAAAGGCACUUGAUGAUGGGAGCUACACAAAUGCAAAAUCCAAGGGGAUGCCUUUUUCGGCAAGCACCUGCCGGAAAAGGCAUCCCCCCUGUUAAAAAUGGAUCUACUGCACCUACGCUGCUGAAACUUGCACAGGUAACUUAACAAUCUCUCAAAUACAAAGUCCCAAAGGCACUUGAUGAUGGGAGCUACACAAAUGCAAAAUCCAAGGGGAUGCCUUUUUCGGCAAGCACCUGCCGGAAAAGGCAUCCCCCCUGUUAAAAAUGGAUCUACUGCACCUACGCUGCUGAAACUUGCACAGGUAACUUAACAAUCUCUCAAAUACAAAGUCCCAAAGGCACUUGAUGAUGGGAGCUACACAAAUGCAAAAUCCAAGGGGAUGCCUUUUUCGGCAAGCACCUGCCGGAAAAGGCAUCCCCCCUGUUAAAAAUGGAUCUACUGCACCUACGCUGCUGAAACUUGCACAGGUAACUUAACAAUCUCUCAAAUACAAAGUCCCAAAGGCACUUGAUGAUGGGAGCUACACAAAUGCAAAAUCCAAGGGGAUGCCUUUUUCGGCAAGCACCUGCCGGAAAAGGCAUCCCCCCUGUUAAAAAUGGAUCUACUGCACCUACGCUGCUGAAACUUGCACAGGUAACUUAACAAUCUCUCAAAUACAAAGUCCCAAAGGCACUUGAUGAUGGGAGCUACACAAAUGCAAAAUCCAAGGGGAUGCCUUUUUCGGCAAGCACCUGCCGGAAAAGGCAUCCCCCCUGUUAAAAAUGGAUCUACUGCACCUACGCUGCUGAAACUUGCACAGGUAACUUAACAAUCUCUCAAAUACAAAGUCCCAAAGGCACUUGAUGAUGGGAGCUACACAAAUGCAAAAUCCAAGGGGAUGCCUUUUUCGGCAAGCACCUGCCGGAAAUGGCAUCCCCCCUGUUAAAAAUGGAUCUACUGCACCUACGCUGCUGAAACUUGCACAGGUAACUUAACAAUCUCUCAAAUACAAAGUCCCAAAGGCACUUGAUGAUGGGAGCUACACAAAUGCAAAAUCCAAGGGGAUGCCUUUUUCGGCAAGCACCUGCCGGAAAAGGCAUCCCCCCUGUUAAAAAUGGAUCUACUGCACCUACGCUGCUGAAACUUGCACAGGUAACUUAACACUCUCUCAAAUACAAAGUCCUAAAGGCACUUGAUGAUGGGAGCUGCAGAAAUCCAAAAUCCAAGGGGAUGCCUUUUUCGGCCUGCACCUGCCGGAAAAGGUAUCCCCCUGUUAAAACUGUUACGUAACAGCUCAGAUCUCCACGAUGCUUGGGCAGGCAAAGAUGUGCAUGUACUGUUGUCCAAAAUUGGACCAUACAAGAUAUUCUACUGGGACAUAAAGAAGACUGGUCCUCACCAGCAGCUUGAGAGCGAGGUAAUUAAUGCUUUCUUAAGGUUGCUGGUCAUUGAGAACAAUAAGGUCAACAUGAGUAAGGCAGUCAUGAUUGACUCUUAUGAAAUGACAGCAAUCUGGAUGGGGAGGACAUCCAAAGUUAAAAUGAGUCCAAUGGAUUUCCAAACAGUUUUGGGCAUUGUUAAUGUGCAUUACCACUGGAUGCUGAUGGUGAUCUCUCCGCAUGAGAAAAAGUGUGUUUUCCUGGACCCAAUGGGAGAGACUUCAGGAAAUAUAAAGAGAUGCUCAGAAGCAACAAGGGCAUUCAUGCGGAAAAAGGGGUGUAAUGUGUCCAGAUGGCCCUGCAGUGCUCUGCCACAUGCACGUCAGCGAGACGGUUCAUCAUGUGGCAUUCUUACUUUAAAAUUUGCUGAGUGCAUCUUGAAGGGAGUGCCAAUCAACAUCCUGACCACAGAGGAGGCUGUGAACCAGAUGAGGUGGGAUGUUGCAAUGAAACUUCUUGAAGAAUCAGACAAUCUCAGCAACCUGUGUCAUUAUUGUGGGUUGGAUGAAAAUGAAGACCCAAAUUGGAUCUGCUGUGAUAAUUGUGGGAGGUGGUACCACCAUGAGUGCGUACAGAGGCCGCCACUGCACAAGAACUACCUGUGCCCUGCAUGUAAAUAAAUGUUCAGUUCUUGCUUUUUUUUGUUAAUUGUUGUUUGCAUUUAUUUUUUUAUGUUCUUGUUCAUUUAAUUUGGAAAAAUUCGUUAUUUAUUGAUUAAUUAUUCAUUCUUGUUCUUUUAAUUUGGAGCAAUUUGUUAUUUUUUAGUUUAUUUGUUCAUGUUCUUGUAAUUUUAUUUUGUACAAAUAAUAAUUAUUUAUUAUUAUUUAUUAUUAUUAUUGUUAUUCAAAUUAUUGUAUUAAUAUUUUGUUUGGAACUAUUUAUCAAUGUUAUUUAUUUUAUUUAUUUUUUUAUUGUUUGCGAAAUUUGAAUAAUUUGAGUAUUGUUUUUGUCUUGUAAUUUUAAAACAAAAUUAAACUUUUCUACUUCUUCACCAUAUACUGCCCUCAAAACCACAUAACUUCUUUUAAACAUAAAAUACGAUGUUAUUAGCAUGAUUACUAAGCCAACAAUGUUAUGGCAAACUGUAAUACAGAGAAAGGUGUCCUAUCAUCAUUUUAAUCCUACUGUAAAAUUACUCCAUUUAGAUUUCAUUGUGAUUGUGAAAAAAAUGUAAUACAAUGUAAGAGUAAAUGGACUGUAGUUAUGAGUACAUAUACAAUUACAGUAUGCUUUAUUUU